GUCGCGUCGAGGGUGACGCGUGGCGUAGAUGACGUAAGGCUGCGCCUGUCACCCCAGGGGCUGGUUGCGAGGAGGAGCGGGCGCCAUGGCUGUUCUGCUGGAGACCACUUUGGGCGACGUCGUCAUCGACCUGUACACCGAGGAGCGGCCGCGCGCUUGCUUGAAUUUCCUGAAGUUGUGCAAAAUAAAAUAUUACAAUUAUUGCCUUAUUCACAAUGUCCAGAGGGAUUUUAUCAUACAGACUGGUGAUCCUACAGGGACUGGACGUGGAGGAGAAUCAGUUUUUGGUCAACUGUAUGGUGAUCAAGCAAGCUUUUUCGAGGCUGAAAAAGUGCCAAGAAUUAAGCACAAGAAGAAAGGCACUGUGUCCAUGGUGAACAAUGGCAGUGAUCAGCAUGGAUCUCAGUUUCUUAUUACCACAGGAGAGAAUCUGGAUUACCUCGAUGGCGUUCAUACAGUGUUUGGUGAGGUGACAGAAGGCAUGGACAUAAUUAAGAAAAUUAAUGAGACCUUUGUUGAUAAGGACUUUGUACCAUAUCAAGAUAUCAGGAUAAAUCAUACGGUGAUUUUAGAUGAUCCAUUUGAUGAUCCUCCUGAUUUGUUAAUUCCUGAUCGAUCACCAGAACCUACCAGAGAACAACUAGAUAGUGGUCGAAUUGGAGCAGAUGAAGAAAUUGAUGAUUUCAAAGGGAGAUCAGCUGAAGAAGUAGAAGAAAUAAAGGCUGAAAAAGAGGCCAAAACUCAAGCUAUUCUACUAGAAAUGGUGGGAGAUCUACCUGAUGCAGAUAUUAAACCUCCAGAAAAUGUGCUGUUUGUUUGUAAAUUGAAUCCAGUGACCACAGAUGAAGAUCUGGAGAUAAUAUUCUCAAGAUUUGGGCCAAUAAGAAGUUGUGAAGUUAUCCGGGAUUGGAAGACUGGAGAAUCCCUGUGUUAUGCUUUUAUUGAAUUUGAAAAAGAAGAAGAUUGUGAGAAAGCAUUCUUCAAAAUGGACAAUGUGCUUAUAGAUGACAGAAGAAUACAUGUAGACUUUAGCCAGUCUGUUGCAAAGGUUAAAUGGAAAGGAAAAGGUGGUAAAUACACCAAGAGUGAUUUCAAGGAGUAUGAAAAAGAACAGGAUAAACCAUCUAAUUUGGUUCUGAAAGAUAAAGUAAAGCCCAAACAGGACGCCAAAUACGAACUUGUACUGGAUGAGCAGGCAGAAGACGUGAAGGCGAGUCACUCACACACAAGUAAGAAACACAAGAAGAAGACCCGCCACUGCUCUGAAGAAAAAGAAGAUGAGGACUACAUGCCAAUCAAAAGUACCAACCAGGAUAUCUACAGGGAAAUGGGCUUUGGUCACUAUGAAGAAGAAGAAAGUUGUUGGGAGAAGCAGAAGAGUGAAAAGAGGGAUCGACCUCAGGACCGAAGUCGUAGCCGAUCUCGAGAAAGGGAUGGCCACUAUAGUAACAGUCACAAAUCCAAAUACCAGGCAGAUCCCUAUGAAAGAGAAAGGAGUAAAAAGAGAGACCGAAGCAGGAGUCCCAGGAAAUCCAAAGAUAAAGAAAAAUCCAAGUACAGAUGAAAGUGGAUCAAUCAGACAUGAGUGCUAAUAUAUUUACUCUUGUAUAACUUGGAGUACCAGAUGUUCAGAUUUCGUGUCAGAGCAGUUAAAGACUCCGCUUGUUAUUUUUUUUCACAGUAGGAUUAUGGCCCUUUUAGAUUAAUACUGAUUGUGUAGGGCGCUGAAAGACAAUAAAGAAUUGAACAUUUUCUUUGUAUACUUUUUUACACUAAUUUUAUUGUUAUACAUAAAUCAGUAGUUUUCAUUUUUAAAGUCUUUCAUAUUUUCAGUCUUUAUUUUUAAUGAAGUAUUUCAUACCUGCAAAAAUACACAAUCAUGUAUAUAUAAGGUAUAAAGAAUAAUAAAUGUCUGUGUACCAAUCAGCCAACUUAGGAAAUGAAUAUUGCUGGCAUUUUAAAAGUGCCGUCUCCUCAAAUAAUUAUUAUUUUGAAUGUUGUGUUUGUCAUUCUCUUGCUUAUUACAGUUUUACAACAUAUGUAAGUAUCCCUAAAUGAAGUACUAAGUUUUGUAUUUUUUUGAAUUUUAUAUAAAUGGUAUAAUGUGUGUUUACUUCUGUGACUGGCUUUUUUCAACUUAGUGUCUUCUAAAAGUCAUCCACUUUUAUUGCUAUACUGUAUUAUAUGACAAGUCUGUAAUUUAUCCAUUCUUCUGUUGAUGGAUGUUUGGGGUUUUGGUUUUUGUUUUCUUUUUGCUGUUGUACACAGUGCUGCUAUAAACAUUCUUUAUCUAGGAAUAAUUUGCAUGGUUAUAUGAUAUGGAUAUUUUCAUCUUUAUAAGAUAAUGCCAAAUUAUAUUCUGCAGUGGCUGUACCAGUUAAUACCCCCAGGCAAUAUUUGAAUUACCUUUGUUUCACAUGAUAAUAUUUCAUAUCGUAUUUCACAUCUAGUACUUGCUAAUUUCAGACUUUUUAAUUUUGUCCAUCCAGUGGCUGUUAAGUGGUAUAUUAUUAGAGUUUCCAGCAAGAACACUACUAUUUUUCUUACAUUUGUUCUUCUAUAUAAAAUUUUUUUUUUAUUCUUUUUCUCUGGUUGCUUUAAAAGUUUCUCUUGAUCACUGCUGUUGAGCACUUUGAUUAUGAUGUGCUUGGUAUAGUUUUUGUUUGUUUGUUUUCCCCUUCUUGUUUCUUCUGCUGGGGCUGUUUAUCUGUAGGUUUAUGGUUUUCAUCAAAUUUGGAAUUUGGGGGACUUUUUCAUGACUUUUUUUUGUCUCUGGCCUUCAUUUCUUCCCUCUGGGACUCUUCAUUGUGUGUCAGACCUCUUGAAACUGUUGCAGCAAGUGCUCUUGUGCUCUGUUUUGUUUUCUGUCCUUUUUCCCUGCCUUCCAGAUUGGUUUCAGUCGCCAUUCCUCAGGUUCAUUAGCCUUUUCUCCUGAAGUAUCUAAUUUCUUGUUAAUCCCAUCCAGUGUAUUUUUCACCUCAUAUAUUAUAUUUUUAAUCUUCAGAAGUUCCAUGUGGGUCUGUCUUGUAUCUUCCAUGUCUCUCCUUCCAGACUCCUGCUUUCCUCUUUUUUUUUGUUGUUUUUUUGUUUUGGACAUCUGACAUAUAUUUGUAAUUACUAUUUUAACCUUACUAUCAUCUACCAUUUCUUGUCUGUUUCUAUUGAUUUUUUCCCCUCUCUUUAUUAGGGUUGUAAUUUCCUUCUUUGCAUGCCUGGUAAUUUUUGGAUUUUACAUUGUUGGGGGCUAGAGCUUAUUCCUUUAAAUAUGUUGAGCUUUGUUCUGGGAGAUAGUUAUUUAGAAACAGCUUGAUCCUUUAUAGCUUGCUUUUACACUUAAUGAUCUAGGACCAGAACAGCCUUUAAUCUAGAGCUAGUUGGGCUCACUACUGAGGUAAUAACCCUUCUGAAUAAUCCUCCUUCUGCCUGGUUAUGAGCUUUCUCCACGCUGGCUAUGGAGAAUGAGAACUGUUCUGAGCCCUGUAUGAACUUGAAUUUUACCACUUACUCCUUUCUGGUGGUUCUUCCCCACCUUUGGGUAGUCUUCUCAAGUGUAUACACUGUUCAGCUGAAGCCUCAGGGGAUCUCUCUGCAGAACUCUCCCUUUGUGGCCCCCUCCUCUCUCCGGUGCUCUGCGUAUGUAUGUAUGAGUCGCUCAGUCGUGUCUGACUCUGGGACCCCAUGGACUGGGGCCUGCCGGGCUUCUCUGUCCAUGGGAGUUCCCAGGCAAGAAUCUGGAGUGGGUUGCCAUUUCCAGUACUCUGCCCUACAGAUUUUACCUUGGUGUCCCAAAUGCUCCGGUAGGGGAACACCCAGGCUCUCCCUGCAGCUAGUCCGGGCAGUGGUAGGACUUUCCUAUUUGUUCUCUCAAGAGUCACUGCCCUGCACAGUUGUCCAGUGUCUGAAAAAGUCUGUUGUAUAUAUUUUGUACAGGUGUUGCAUUGGUUAACAUGGAGAAGGGAAACCCUGGCCCUGUCACUCCACUUUGGCCAGAGUGAAAGUCUUAUUGUUUGUGCAUUUCCUAAAUGCUAAUAAGGUUGAGCUUCUUUUCACGUGUAUUCAUUUCCUGAAUGCUCUCAGUGAAAAGCUUAUUUCAUGUCUUUUGUGCAUUUUAUAUUAUGUUAUUGCUUUUUUAUUUUAUGUUUCCUUAAGGAAUUAAACAGAUUGUGGACACUAGUCCUUUUUUACUACUAAAUGUUGUAAACAUUUCUCACUGUUCAUGGUUACAUUUUCACCUAUUGAUGCCUUUGGAAGAGCACAGGUUGUAAAUUCUGCCUCCCCCCACCUUUCUCCCCUGAACUUUUUAAUAUGAAAGGUUUCAUACAUGUGUAGAAACACAAAAACAUAACAAACCUCCAUAUUUAUUCCGUCCAGAUUAAACUAACGUUUUGUGGUUGAAUAAUUUUAAAGUAAAUUGAAGACAUUUCACCUUUCAGUAUUUCACCAUGCAUUUUCUAAAAAGUGUCCUUUAUAACCACGAUAGUAUUGUCACACUGAAAACAAACAACAAUCUCAUAUUAUGUAACAUACUCAGAUUUCUCCCAUUGUCCCAGGGAUGUCAUUUUUUGAUGUUGAUUUGUUUCUAAACCCAGUGUCAACCAUGCUUCAUGUAGUGCUUGUCGUUGUCAUUUUAUUCUCUUGAUCUAAGAGUUCUCCUGCCAUCCUUCCACCUCAACCACUUUUUUUUUUUUAAUUUUUAGAUGACAUUGAAGAAUUCAGGCCAGUUGCUUUGUAGAGUAUUCCACAUUCUGAAAUUAUUUGAUGAUAUCUUCAUGAUGUCCUUCAUCCUUUCUACUUUUUAUAAGCUGUGAGUUAAGUCUAGAUAUUUGAUUAAAAUGAGGUUAUGCAUUUUAGACAAAUUUUUAAGUUUAGUGUCAAAUUUAUUAACAUUUCCCUAUAUGUUUUGUGCUUUUUGUAUUUUGUUGAAGAAAUCCUUAAUAAAGAUAUUCUGCUAUAUUCCAAAA